AUGUAUAUUGGGGCGGCGUGGCAACAGAUUGAAAACGUCCCGUCUUCCAUCAAUAAAUCAUUCGCCAACCUUAAACAGUCAACAGAUAGUGAGCACCCAACUAUGCGUUUGAUCCUGAUCGGUCCGCCGGGAGCGGGCAAGGGAACCCAAGCCGAAUACCUGGUAGAACGAUUCCAGAUUCCGCACAUUUCGAGCGGCGACAUGCUGCGAGCCGCGGUGGCCGCCGGCACGGCGUUGGGCAAGCAGGCGGACGGCUUCAUGAAGGCCGGCCAACUGGUGCCCGACGAAUUGGUCAUUGCGUUGAUCAUUGAGCGCACGGCGCAGCCGGACUGCGCCAAGGGGUUCAUCCUCGACGGCUUUCCACGCACCCGACCGCAGGCCGAAGCACUGGCCGUCGAUCUGGAAAAGGCCGCCGUGGCCCUCGACGCCGUGGUGUUGAUCGAGGUGCCGGACGGCCGCAUUCUGGAGCGCGUCACCGGCCGGCGCAUGGACCCCGAGACCGGUGACAUCUACCACGUCCAGUUCAGGCCGCCACCCGCAGACAUCGCCGGUCGCGUCGUGCAACGCAAGGACGAUACCGAGUCAGCCUGCACAGCCCGCCUAGAGAAGUACCACGCCGAAACGGCACCCAUCAUCCCGUUCUACAGCGAUCAGGGGUUGCUAAAGCGCAUCGACGGCGACACCGCGCCGGAGAUCGUGACGGCCCGCAUCGCGGCAACACUGAAUGAAACAACGUCGUAA